AUGCUCGCACGCCCACUCACCCGCGCACCCGCUCGCCGCAUCCCGCUCCUCGUCCUGCCCCACACACCCGCACCCAAGUCCUCACUCUCGCUCACGCUCACGAGGGCUUACGCACGCACGCCACAGUUCACAACACCCGACGAGCCACUCUACUCCACUCCCGCACAGUCCUCAGCCAAUCCUCACCUCCCCCCGACCGCCCUCUCCCAAGACGACUACGCCUCGCCCGUCCUCUCGAUCGGCCUCACUUUCCGCCGCGUGUUCCGCUAUGCAGUCUUUGCGUCGGUGGGGAUCGUACUCACCGUCGCCGGAGGGUACGCGGGAACGCAUUGGUGGAUCGAGCAUGUGCAGCUGCAGGCGCCCAAGGUGAAGGCCCAGGACGACCCGGACGAGUGGCUCGAUGAGCGCGAGGGGUGGAGCGGGUUGCAUACCCCGAACCGAGGGGGGACGGAUCCCCGACUCGGUCUCAAGGCGCGGAUGGCCGUUCGCGCGGCGUACUUUGCCCAAACGUCCGGGACUGGGACCGCCGCCUUGCCCGCCGAGAACGCCGUCUCGAAACCCGACUCGGCAUUCGCGGUGACACGCCCCGGCGGACGGUUCAUCUCGAGCGAAGACGAGCUGGCGGCCCUGGGCGCGCAAGUGAACGACUCGAGCUGGCUCGAGGCAGAGCAGUACCUCGUCACUGCGCUCGCGCUCGCGCAGGACAAGGGAAUCUCGCUGAUCGAGUCACUCGAGUGGGAGAAGCAUGUCGAGGAGGGCGGGGUCGACCGCGCGGCUGUCGAGUUGGAGGAACGCCUCGCCGGGAUCCGCGAGUUGAUUGGUGGGCGACCGAGGCUCGAAGCUGCGCGCGACGGGUGGGAGAGGAUCUACUACGCCCUCUCGGCGAGUCCGACGAGCGAUCCGGCGCGGAGGGAGGAGCGAGAGUGGGAGCUGCGCGAAAAGGUCAAGGCCUCGCGCAAGAUGGCCGAGGUCUCGGCGCGCAUUGCCGAGUUGUGGCGCGAGGGGAGCGAUGAGCGCAGGGCGGAGAACAGGCGCGCCGAGGGAUGGUUCGCGGGUGGGUUGAUUCCGGCGUUGGCGGCGAGCGAGGGACAGAGCUUGAAGGGCGAGGCGCUCGACAAGCUCGUGCCCGAGGGUGAGGGCAAGUCGGCGUCGCCCAAGUCGUCUUGGUUCGCAUUCUGGUCGCGUCGUCAGCCGACCGCGUCCUCCGCUUCAACCUCGACCUCCUCCUCCGGCCUCUCGCCCGAGCUCGCCCACCUCGUCGCCCUCGUCCCGUCUGCCCCAUCCGCCCCUCUCUCUCCCGCCACGCACCGCUCGAUCCUCUUUUCCCUCAUCUCGCUCGAGACCUUCCUCGCCCGUCGACGAGACGACCCUUCCUCUCCCUCCUCUCGCUUGCCACCCACUCUGCCCGCCGCACAAGCGAUCCAAUCCGCCGCUCUCUCGUACGCCCGCACGCUGCUAGAGCGGUGCGACCCCUUCCCCUCAGUCGUGCACCUGGCCUCCUCCUCCCCCUCGCUCCCCUCCCCGUCUUCGCUCUCCCGCGCGCUCUCAACACUCUUCUACACGACCCGCCUCGCAGCACUCUCGACCCACCACGCCGAAUGCACGCUCGCUCUCUCCCCACGCCCUUCAACCACCACGCUCUCCUCCUCCCUCGCUGCGAUCCGCACCGCAACGACCGACGCACAGAUGGUGGUCGACGCUUCUGCGGCACUUGAAGCGCGGCUCGAGACUGCGAGAAGUGCGUUGGGCGGGGAGAGUGAGGAGGAGAAGGCGUUUGGGGGGUCGUUGAGGAGGGUUAGGAGGGACGCUGAGAAGGUUGUGCAGAUGGCGCAGGGAUUGGAGAGGGUUGUGAGUGGGAUGCAGGGUGGGAAGCGGUAG